AUGAGCGGGCAGCAAUCGGCGCUUCCCAUUCGCACAUCCGACCCAAAAGAGCAGUCACAUCAGCGCAAGAACACACUUACCGUCGACCCAUAUGCUGCACCGGAAGUCUACUAUGGUUCCAGUCAUGGCCCUAGAAAGGUUGCCAAGGGACGCACAUAUUCUGCUGGUAAUGCCCCUCGCCGGUAUCUGAUCGAUGUAGAGGACACCCUGAAAACUCUCCUGGCUCGCGAAGAUACCGACCACAACAUCCAAAUCACCAUUGACGAUCAUGGACCCAAGAGCAUCCCACUUGGCACAGCAGCCUCCGGAGGCUACCGCAACUUCGACGUUCGCGGAACGUAUAUGCUCAGUAAUCUACUGCAAGAGCUAUGGCAGGCCCGAGCCUACGGCCGCAAGCAAAUCGUCCUGGACGAAGCACGCCUGAACGAGAAUCCGGUCAACCGUCUGGCUCGCCUUAUCAAGGACCAGUUCUGGCCGAAUUUGACUCGCCGCAUCGACGGGGGCAAUAUUGCACAGGUUGCCCGCGAUCCCAAAGACUGGACCAAAAACCCACACCCGAGAAUGUACAUUCCACGAGGUGCGCCGGAGCAGUAUGAGUACUAUACUCGUAUCGCACGCCAACAUCCUGAGCUCAAUCUUGAGGUCAUCUACCUUGCUGAAGUCCCUAGUGAUGAUAACUAUGUACGUGACCUCAACGCCGCGCCUGGACUGCUUGCCGUGGCUGUUGAGCGAAUUGAGGAUACGCCUGAGGGAUAUCCUGAUUACCGGGGUCUGCCUUUCGUCGUGCCAGGCGGACGGUUCAACGAGCUUUAUGGUUGGGACAGCUACAUGGAGACGCUUGGUCUGCUGGUCAACGAUCGUGAGGAUCUGGCUGAGGCUAUGGUCAAGCAUUUCUGUUUCUGUAUUCGUCACUAUGGCAAGAUCCUCAACGCCAAUCGCACAUAUUACCUCUGUCGUUCACAACCGCCUUUCCUUACCGACAUGGCGUUGCGGGUAUAUGAUCGUAUCAAGCACAGGCCGGACAGUCUACAGUUUCUGAAGGACGCCAUCUUGGCAGCAAUCAAAGAUUACUACGGCACGUGGAUGCGCGAACCACGCUACGACCCAGCCUCAGGUCUAUCAAAGUACGUACCCGGCGGUCUUGGCGUACCACCAGAAACCGAAGCCAGCCACUUCGUCCACGUCCUCAACCCCUACGCCAAGAAACACAACAUGACAUUCGAAGAGUUCGUCAACGCCUACAACUACGGCCGCAUCUGGGAGCCGGAUCUGGACGAAUACUUUCUUCACGACCGCGCCGUCCGAGAAUCCGGCCACGAUACCUCUUACCGCCUCGAAAAAGUCGCCGCGGACCUCGCGACCGUGGACCUCAACUCCCUCCUCUACAAAAUCGAAUCCGAUAUCGCCCGCACCAUCCGCGCUUUCUUCCGCGAUAGCCUUCAUAUUCCGCCAGAGUGGCAAGCCGAGGGCCAAGCUUCCAUCGAAACCUCCUCGACCUGGGAUCGCCGCGCCAAGAAGCGCAGACUACAGAUGGAUAAGCUGAUGUGGUCGGAGGAAAAGGGCAUGUUCUUCGACUACAACUGCAAGAAGAAAGAACAAACCGGCUACGAAUCCGCCACCACGUUCUGGGCCAUGUGGGCCGGCGCCUGCACGCCCCGCCAAGCCACCCUUCUCGUCUCCAAAGCCCUGCCUCGCUUUGAAGUCCACGGCGGUCUUGUCUCCGGUACCGAGGAGUCCCGUGGGCCAGUCGGCUUAUCACGUCCGAAUCGCCAAUGGGAUUAUCCUUUUGGGUGGGCGCCGCAGCAGAUUCUGGCGUGGACGGGUCUGUUGAGGUAUGGGUUUGAGGAGGACGCGCAGCGGUUGGCGUAUCGGUGGAUUUACAUGGUCACUAAAGCUUUUGUGGAUUUCAAUGGCGUGGUGGUCGAGAAGUAUGAUGUUACGCAGCAGAUUUCUCCGCAUAAGGUUAGUGCGGAGUAUGGGAAUCAGGGGGCGGAUUUCAAGGGCGUGGCUACCGAGGGCUUUGGCUGGGUCAACGCCUCCUACGUCUAUGGUCUACAGAUCGUCAAUGCGCACAUGAAAAGGGCACUUGGGGCUGUCACGCCCUGGGAUACUUUCCGCGCCAUGACGCAGGGUGACCCCGUGGCGGCGAGAGAGGCCUUUGAGGCGCCGACGAGUGUGCAUGUUGCUCAGCAUGUUCAGGAAGCUGUGUUGGUCGAUUACAAGCAUGGGCAGCAUGUGGCGUUGCCGCAUUCGAAGGAGGAUGAGAAGGAGAGGGCUCUCGCGCAGCAAGGUGGUUACGUGGGGCAUGGUGGGGAGGAGGCCAAUGGGAAGGCGCACUGGAAACGGUGA